AUGGAGAAUGCUCUUCUGGGUAGCCUCGUGGUUUUAGCCACCUUGGCGACUUCAUGCAACGCCCAGUGCUAUAUCAUAUCUAAUCAGAACUCUACACCUAAUAAAUGCAAGGAUCUCAAUGGAGUCAUACACCCGCUGAACUCAAAGUGGAAGACUGAGAACUGUGAGGAGUGUACUUGUGACCAAGGUGGAAUUUACUGUUGCAACACUGCUGCUGUACCUGUGGAUUAUGACACAAACAAGUGCCAGAUAAUCUUCAACAAGGAGACCUGCACCUACACAGUGGUGGAACAGGAGGACCCAGGAAAGACUUGUGCUGUCAGUGGAUGGGUGUUAUAAUGUGCUUCUCAUGGGCCCAGAACUCCCAGCCUGCAGGGGGCGCCCAGGUUCUCCCAGGCCAGGCGUCAUUCUCCUAUGGCCUCUGAUAGUCUAUGAUUGUAUAACCCCACCUAUCAGUCAAAAAUGUUUUGAGCAAACACUUGAAUAUGUGUAUACUUUUAGUUUAUAAAUUAUGUAUGCAUUGAUAAUACACACAUUAUAAAGCAUGUAAACAUUUAAAGGAGACAAAAAUAAAUAUGAAUAAAAGUUAUUUUCCCUCCACUCCCAUAGAUCAUUGUGCAUCCCUUACUCAGGGGAGCACUGCUGCUUCUCUGGCUUCUGACACAUGUGUGCUCUGCUGCCCCAGUGUCCCACUAUCUGGUGAAAAAUUCAAAAUAUAAAUGUGUCUUCAAGAUGAAAUCAGA